AUGGGAUUAUAUAUGAUCAACAACUUUUUAUGCAUAGACGUAUCGAAAGAUCGCUUUGAUGUCUUUCUCUCAUUUAUAAGUAAAAAAGGAAAACGUGAAACUAGAAAAAGGAGUUUUAAGAACAAUGAUAAUGGGUUUCAAGGUCUACUGAGCUUUUUACAAAAGGAUAAUGUAGAACAAGUGAAAGCUUCUAUGGAGUCUGCUGGUUGUUAUGGUGAAGCUCUGGCUGAAUUCUUGCAUAAUGCUGGGUACUUUGUUAGUGUUGUAAAUCCUUAUUGCGCAAAAUCCUACGCAAGAAGUAAACUUACACGGCAAAAAAUUGACCAGACUGAUGCAAAAAUUAUUGCAGAUUAUUGCCAAAGACAGGAACCAAUUUAUUGGACACCGCCUUCUCCCGAACUGAAAACAUUAAAACUGCUAAUUGUAUUCUUUCUCUUUGGUUGA